AAAAAUACAAACUGACAUUGACGUGAAGCGAUUUACUUUUGUCUCUUUCUUUUAAAAAAAUUGUUGAAAGCUGGAAAUAUGGCCACCUCCAAGAAGAAGACCAGGAAGCUAAGGGGGCACGUAAGCCACGGUCAUGGACGUAUCGGUAAACACCGUAAGCAUCCUGGAGGUCGCGGUAACGCUGGUGGAGAGCACCACCACAGAAUCAACAUGGACAAAUACCAUCCUGGAUACUUUGGCAAGUUGGGUAUGAGAAAUUACCAUUUAAGAAGAAACAAGAACUUCUGUCCUGUUCUGAACCUGGACAAGCUGUGGACUCUGGUAUCAGAGCAAUCCAGACUCAAAUAUGCCAAUGCCACAGAUGGCAAAGUACCAGUUAUCAACAUUGUUAAAGCUGGUUACUACAAACUGCUGGGCAAAGGAAAAUUACCAGAACAACCUGUCAUUGUAAAAGCCAAGUUCUUCUCAAAGACUGCUGAAAAGAAAAUCAAGGAAGUUGGUGGUGUUUGUGUGUUAUCAGCAUAAAUUAGGUUUAAUAAAAUAAUAUAAAAACUGA